AUGUACCAGCCCUGUCACAGGUGUAACAGGUCCCGAUCGGCGAUAAGUGUGCCCGCUCCCCGCCGUAGCUCCUUCCUCUCCGUGGGUAUCUUUCCAUUCCCCCUCGUUCGAUCCGCCACCAUCUCUCUCUUGCUGGAAUUCGACUGGCCGCCACUCAUCUCGUCUUCGACCGCGUCACUCGACCGAUGGUGGAUCCAUCUCGACAGGUGCAUGACGCCACCGCCGAUCCUCCUCCGUGCUAGUGCUGCCAAGAAGCUUUUGACGUGCUCUCAACCAGUGGAACAACUGCAGACGGCUCUCCGUCCUCGGCGAAUUUGGGAUCUCGCCUCCCUAGUGUCCUCUAGGAUCUGA